AUGAUCAGUCUACUCUCCCUUUGGAUUUCACAAACUAUUGCUUGAUCUAUCUAAGUUGAUUUUUUAUUGACCAUAUCAAGACAACUGAAAUAUUUUGCAGACUUGCUAAACCUUUCCAGGUCUUAAGACAGCAAGGAUUUUUGUGAUGAAAGGAAACAAUGAAUGCUUUUAACAACAAAGAACUCUAUGUCCUGCUUGAUGGCCAUCACUGGAGAGAUCAAAGGAAUAUCUAUCAAAGAUUAUAAGAAUGACUCUCACAAGAUCACAUUGUCAGUUCAAUCUAGGGGCCUUGCUGAUCUUAAUUACUUUACGCAUUCAUUGUGCAUAAUGAUGUGAUGACUUUUUCUGAACUUUCUAGAUAUGUAAUGUUAGUUUCAGUUAUUUGCAAAAGGAAAUGGAGGUUUUAUGGACUUUGUCAUCUAGAUUUGACAGUUGCCACAAUCUGCAGUGGCCUACAGUAACCAUGUGACCUUAACUUGCUGUUUUUACUGCCUUAAGAGGCAUCCUAGGGAGAUUUCCUUGCCAACUCAAGUUCUUCCUAUAACACAGGCAAUUUGCAAAGUGUUGCCAUGAUGUGUGAGGUAAUGCCUACCAUUAGUGAGAGUGACCCCUUAGGGCCACAGCCAGGCUCUGAUUCUGAUGCCAACUUUGAACAGCUGAUGGUGAACAUGCUUGAUGAGAGAGAUAAACUGCUAGAGACUCUUCGGGAAACACGUGAGACACUGUCUGUGACUCAGGGUCGGCUGCAGGAGACUUUGCAUGAGCGAGACCAAUUGCAGAGACAAUUAAACUCCGCUCUACCUCAGGAAUUUGCAACAUUGACCAGGGAACUCAAUGCAUGUCGAGAGCAGCUGUUGGAAAGGGAAGAGGAGAUCUCUGAGCUGAAAGCAGAACGCAAUAAUACGCGGCUUUUGUUGGAGCACUUGGAGUGCCUGGUCUCAAGGCAUGAACGCUCUUUGAGAAUGACUGUAGUGAAGCGGCAAGCUCAGUCUCCAUCUGGUGUUUCCAGUGAAGUUGAAGUUCUGAAAGCCCUGAAGUCUUUAUUUGAACAUCAUAAAGCAUUGGAUGAGAAGGUAAGAGAACGCCUAAGGGCAGCAUUGGAACGAGUAGCAACAUUAGAAGAACAGCUAUCCAGUGCCCACCAGCAAGUAAAUGCUCUUCAGCAAGGUUCUUCCCCAAGGGAACCACCUGUAGGAGAAGAUGAAAAAAGGACUGAUGGUAAAGAAUCUGGACAGAAGAUGCUUUGGAAGAGACUCCCUAAUGGCUCUAUACAUCCAGAUGAUGAGGCAAGUCAGAUUGUGGAAUUGCAGGAGCUUCUAGAGAAACAAAACUUUGAACUAAACCAAGCUAAAGAACGAUUAGCUGGUCUGGCUGCCAGUGUUGCUGAGCUUGAAGAAGAUCUAAGCACAGCCAGGAGGGACCUCAUCAAAUCUGAAGAAAUGAGCAGCAAGUACCAGAGGGACCUGCGAGAGGCUUUGGCACAGAAAGAAGACAUGGAGGAGAGGAUUACCACCCUAGAGAAACGCUAUCUGGCAGCCCAGAGAGAAGCCACUUCUAUUCAUGACCUUAAUGACAAGUUGGAGAAUGAGCUUGCCAAUAAAGAGUCUCUCCAUCGCCAGUGUGAAGAGAAGGCACGGCACCUCCAGGAGCUUCUCGAACUGGCAGAGCAGAAACUGCAGCAGACAAUGAGGAAAGCUGAGACUCUGCCUGAGGUGGAGGCUGAGCUGGCCCAAAGAAUAGCAGCUCUCACCAAGGCUGAGGAAAGGCAUGGCAGUAUUGAAGAACGACUGCGGCAACUGGAAACUCAGUUGGAGGAGAAGAACCAAGAAUUGGCAAGGGCCCGUCAACGGGAAAAAAUGAAUGAGGAACAUAACAAGAGGCUCUCUGAUACUGUGGACAGGCUGCUGAGUGAGUCCAAUGAGAGGCUUCAGCUUCACCUUAAAGAGAGAAUGGCAGCCCUUGAAGAAAAGAACACAUUGUUGCAAGAAUUGGAAAAUACUCAAAAACAGAUUGAAGAGCAGCAGCAUGACAAGAGAAGGCUGUCUGAUGAAAUUGACAGGUUGAGAUUAGAAAUUGACCAGUUAAAAGCAAGAAGUGGACCUUUUCUUGACAGUGUACAUACCAG